AUGGCGGAAUUGACAUCGCAACGAAUAAGCUGCUCUCACUUGCGUUUUCAGGAUGUUCCACAGGACUCAUGGGUGAAAAGCACAAAUGUGAUCGGAAGUGGACAUGUCGCCGGAGGGCCAAAUCCCAUCUCUAGGACUUUUGAUAGAUUCCCUACCAUUGGUGGUAGACCUCCGCUUGGAAAUGAAUUCAGCCGGGAUAUGAGACGUUUCUGA